AUGAAGCUAUGUCUCGUCCUCCUUUCUGGGCUCCCAGGGGCUGGAAAAACGACGUUGAGCUUGACGAUGGAGCAGCUUGCAGGAGCGAGGAGGUCUGAGAGGGAAGGUGCGGAGGCUAGGCCCUGUGGAGUGAUUGAAGGGAUCUUUGAAUUAGAUACAUUUAUAUCUUCGAAUGACGAGGAGAAUGCGAUGCAGAGGAAUGGGACGGCUUUCACCCCAGAAGCAUGGAAAAGAGCCUGCAAUGAGGUACGUGAGGCGACGUUACAACGACUGCGCCAAUGCUUGCUAAGUGCUGAGACGGAAAGGAUGGGCAAUGGGUCGAAAACAGAAGCAUCCACGACACGAUUUGUUUUCUUGGUGGAUACCCUACCUUAUAGAAGCAUGAAGGCAUCUUACUGGAAACUUUGCAGAGAAUUGGACAAGGAGCAGCUUCAAUAUUAUUGGGGAACAAAUGAGGCAAAGGGUGAAGGUGACUGCCGCCUCCCUGUCGAAAUUGUUUUUGUAAACAUGGUGGAGGUUAGACUUAAUACACCGCUUGAGGUUUGCCUCAAGCGCAAUGAACACCGUAUCGAAACCCCACAAUAUGUUCCUCCUCAUGUCAUUACAAGUAUGAGUGAAUCUUUUGAUGUCGGCCUUGACGUUUCUUUCAAACCUCGGCUGGACGAUAAUUACUGGGUGAUGUUGCCUCGUCAAGCCACUGCUCCGUGGCCAGUGAUACGACUUGAGGAUGCGAAAACAAACUGCGAUUUGGCUCCGAAGGUGCUAGCUCAAAGGCUGUUGGAACGACUUACUUCACGGGAAGUAAUGAAAGCAUUGGAGGAACAAAGUACGUCUCUUUUCGAAAAUGAAGUGAAGAAACGAGAAAGAGGGAUGCAUCAGCAAAACCAGCAGCAACUGUGUGAGUCGGUGAAAGCUUCCCGUAGUGAUUGGCUUCACCAGGUGGAUCUGCAUAUGCGUGCGAUAGUGCAGCGCUACAUGGAGGAAUUAAAAGAGACUGGUAAACUGCGGCCAGGCAUUGGCGUCCUCGCAAGCAAAUGCAGGGAAGAGCAGUAUGCGCAACUAAAGACGAUGUCUGCGUUCUGGAAAGACGGUGAAACGUUUUAUGCAUGCAAGGAGCUGCUUUUGCAUGAACAGAUUCUCGAGUUUCAACGGAGACUUUCCGCAUUGUAA